UGCCAUCCCCCUCACUACGACAAAGACACUGCGAAAUGGCGAACGUCGAGAUUUCGCUGCCGCUGCCCGUCCUGCCUGAGGGUUGGGCUGGUGAGAAGGACUUCAAGUCCAUCGGCCAGCUUAGCCAGGCUACCGAUCGCAAUAUCGAGCCUAUUGGCCCACACUUCCUGGCCUAUGCCCGCAGAAAGCGACAUCAGCGCACUUUUUCCGAGGAUGACCGCAUCCAGGCCCAAGCCCACGUGAAACAGGUUGAAGAUGAGGACCCCGACGACAUCGACGAGCCCGAGGACCCUCUUAUGCUGCAGCGCGAGGCUAAGGACUGGAAGUCGCAAGAUCACUACGCCGUACUCGGCAUAACCCGCCAUCGACACCGUGCCACCGAGGAACAAAUCAAGCGUGCUCACCGCAGGAAGGUGCUCAAGCAUCAUCCCGAUAAGAAGGCUGCUGCCGGCGGAACCGAGGACGACCAGUUCUUCAAGUGCAUUCAGAAGGCUACCGAGGUGCUGUCGGAUCCUGUCAGGAGGAGGCAGUUCGAUUCCGUAGACGAGGGCGCCGAGGUGGAACCGCCGUCGAAGAAGGACACGCAGAAGGGCAACUUCUACAAGCUCUGGGGCAAAGUCUUUGAGGCCGAAGGUCGUUUCUCGAACAACCAACCCGUUCCCAAGUUGGGCAAUGACAAGAGCACCAAGGAGGAAGUCGAGCACUUUUACAACUUCUGGUACAACUUUGACAGCUGGAGGACUUUCGAGUAUCUUGACGAGGAUGUUCCUGACGACAACGAGAACCGUGACCAAAAACGUCACGUCGAGCGCAAGAACCAGGCUGCUCGUCGUAAGAAGAAGACCGAGGACACUACUCGCCUGCGAAGGCUGGUGGACGACGCCUUGGCCCUCGAUGAGCGCAUCAAGAAGUUCCGCCAGGCGGAGAGUGCGCAGAAGAACAAGCGCCGACUUGAAAAGGAGGCCGAACAGAAGCGCCUUGCCGAAGAGGCGGCCAAGAAGAAGGAAGAGGAUGCCAAAGCCGCAGCUGAGAAGGAGGCGGCCGAGAAGGCUGCGAAGGCCGAUAACAAGAAGUCAAAGGAGGCUGCCAAGAACGCUGCGAAGAAGAACAAGCGCGUUGUCCGCGGUGCCGUCAAGGACGCCAACUACUUCCACGCUUCUGGAGAUGCACCCGCCACUCAAAUCGACGGUGCGUUGAACGAUGUUGAUCUCAUCAUCACCAGGAUUGACAACGAGGAGCUGGCUGCGUUGACCAGCAAACUCAACACCGAGAAGGAUGCUGCUAAGAUCAAGGGGAUCUUCCAGGAAGAAGUCAAGCGCCUUGUUGGUGCUGGCAAGGUCACCGAGGGAGAGCUCAAGUCUUUGGCAUAAAGGAGCCUGUUCUGUAGCGCCUACUUUUCG